AUGGACACCAUCAUGGACACCAUCGUGCCUGGGGUCGGGUUGAAGCGCUUUAGUGAACAUAAUUUGGAGGUAUCGUUCAGUCCGUCCCACAACAUGAAUGCCACUCAGUGGGGGGAGGCACUCUUGGACAUCGCCAGCGUGGAAAUUGUAGUGGCGAGGAAUGCUGGUGUUCAUCCAAGUUUGUUUCAUCAACCAGAGCAUGAAAAUGAAGGAAAAUUCAUGAAAGCCCUAGUGUCCUUACCAAAGUUGAAAUCGUGGUAUUGGUUCGGCAACGUUUCUGUGGCUCUGGCAUCUUUCGUGCUGAGACAUGCUGUUGGCCUUGAUGACUUCUGUGCGGGUCUGGGUCCCUGGGUUGGGACUGAACUGGAGUUCAGAGAGCUUUCUCGGGGCUUUGAGGACCACAAAGCUCUAACGACACUUUCACUGGACGGUUGCAUUUUUCCAGCAGACUUGUCAGUCCAUUCAAGAUCCCUGAUGAGUGAUUGCGCCCGCAUGACUCGGUUGAAGUCUAUCGCGUUGUCAGGACUGUCAGCAUGGGGGUUAGAUUCAUCGGACUUUGCACGAGUGUUUUUGAAUCCAAGGCUUAAAUCUGUUUCUCUCGGUGGCAUGGUUCUGAAUCAAAAUUUUGCGUCCGAAAUUGUUAACAGGCUCAGUCGUCGAGAUCCAAGCAAUAUCCUCCACGAACUCACCCUCGAGGACUUUGGAGGCUUGGCAACCAUUGAGAGUUCUGCCAUUGCAUCGCUACUUGAUGAAAUCUGGGAACCCUUUUUGGGAUUGCUAGAAUCAAACGUGACUUUGUCAGAAAUUUGCGUAGAACACGUGUUGACGGUACCCGACAAUGAUCAUGAUGAACUUGGGAAGCUUGACUCGAACCCCAAAGUAGAGUUCCUAUUGAAGCUGAAUCGCUUGGGGAGAGGCAAGGUACAGGGGCAGAGCGCAACGAUGAGCAAAGAGGAAUGGAUCCAGCAGCUGGCGGCUUGUGGCAAUGACCUGGAUUGUUUAUUCUACUUCCUAUCUCUCGAUCCAUCUUUGUGCAACACCACUUAUGACCAGCAACGCAAAACCAAGAAACGAAAGCGCUCCGACACCGUGACAAAGUAGGUACCUGCGGCAGUUGAGUUUUCUUCGUUACACAUUGCUCUGUCUCCAUUGUUCGCCUGAGCGAUUUUUCAAGCUAUUUGCUUGACUGUUCCCAACAAUACUUCCUUCC